GCCAAAUUCCUCUUUAUGAAAAUUAUCAAAUCAUUUUCAUGUUUUUGUGGAGUUUUAGUUUAUUUCUGAAGUAUUUUCGAAAGUAUACAUAAUUUACAAACUUAAUUAACUACCUACUUAGGUAAAUUUAUAUCAAUGGAAGGUCCACCUAAGCCCCGGCGUUCUGUAUUACAAACGAAGAAAGAAUUAGAAUAUGAAGAGUCUCUCCUGCGCAAGUUCCGUGUGCGAUGUCGGUUCAGAGCCAUCUCUCGGCUGGCCGCUGCCAACGCGUACUGGUUGGCGGAGGACGGCGCCGCAGGCAACAGGAGGCUGACGGUCCACCAAGCGAUCCAGGGAGUCAAACCGUCAACGCUGAAGACACUGACUUUAUCGGAUAAAGCAUUAUUGAACAUACCCGCAGCUGAUAGAACGAAGACUGAAAAAGAUUAUCUAUGCAGAAUUCUUGGAAACUUAAAAUGUUUUAAAAGGUAUCCAGAUUAUGUGAAAAGAAAGUUAGCGGCUGUGACUUAUUUCAAAUACUACAGUCCGAACCGAGUAAUCAUACGGGAAGGUCACCAAGCGCAGGCCCUAUACUUCAUAGCUUCUGGAGAAGUCACCGUGACGCAGACUACCUUGGACGGAGUGUUGCAGCAGAACUAUGAGGCAGAAGUCAACUGUUUAGGCCCUGGAGACAUGUUCGGGGAAGCUUCUCUUAUUCACAAUAUACCAAUGGAAACGACGUGUACCACAAAAGGUGAUUGUGAGUUUCUUGUUUUGCUGCGACCAGACUUUAAGGAGAUUUUGCACGCCACUUUGCAAGACCACUGGAAUGUUGUAGAAAAAGCAAUGUUAUCCUUCACUUAUUUUCAAGAUCUUGAUGAGGUGAAUCUGCGAGAGGGGUGCAUUGUAGCGAAACUGAAAAUGUAUGACACUGACGAAACAAUUUAUGGCGAUGGAGUUGGUUUCGCUAAUUUCGUAUAUUUUGUCAUCUCUGGACGUUGUCAGAUGAUCGAAACUCUGGAUGUCUGCGUGAGAAAAUAUCAGGGACGGGAAUACUAUUCUCUCUAUGAUCCACCGGAAUCAAUCAGUAAGCACGACUUGGACAACCAAACCGACGCUGGUGAAGUAGUUCAUCUUGAAGCGAAACCCGAGGAAUCUAAGGAAUCACUUGAAAUACCAGUCAGCAAAAUAUCAAAAGUUUCAAUUAAAAUAAACGAGAGUCAUAUUUCUGAGCCAGAAGAUAUUAUUGAAGAAAAUGAUCAUGCUAUAUAUUCAGAAUUAAAAAUGAAAAGAAAAUCAUCAGCAAUGCUACCUUCUAAUCAUUCCGUGAGGUUCGAACAUAGCUCAAUUGAAGAGAAAGAAAAACCAAAAAAUCUUCGCAAAUAUUUCAUGCAGGUAUGCCAAAUGACAACAGGAGCGAGUUUCGGUCUUGGUGAGAACAUGCGGGAUCGCCGGAUAGUGGCGCUCACCCCUGUGUCCUGUCUCAUGCUGCCUGUGUUUUGGCUGCUGCAGAACAAUAGAGCCAACAUUUGGACUAGAAUUCAACAUCAUCUGGAGAAAAAAAUUCCAAACAAGAGGAAGGUUUUUAAAGAAUUCGUGCAAGAAAUCCUAUGGGUGCGUCAUCGAGAACAAACUGUGGAAGACGUGGUCUCCCGCACCAGCCACGAGAAUCACACCACCAUACACGAUGUGCCGUACUAUAUACGAAUGGAAGAGGGCAUUAAUCUUUAGAUUUAAAUAUUUAAUGAGGACGUCUGAUGUCGUAUUUAAAUUUUUAUACAUUUAAAGUUUAGUUUACUUACGUUAUUAUUUUUUAUUCUUUUAAAUGGUUUGUUAUAAAAAUGUUGGUCGAUUUGGUAAGUAUUAAUUUUCGAUUUUUUAAUUUUUUAUUCCAAGGUUUUUAAAGCUAAUUUUGUGAGUACUUAUAUUAAAUAAUUAAUAAACAAUAAAUCUGGCAUAUCGUUGACAUA